UUGCCGCGGUCUGGUUACUCUAAGCGGCAGUAAUUUCUUAUUUUUAUAUGAUACUAUUUCGUUACUUAUGCACAUUAAUAUAUUUUUUCCGAAGAACCUAAACAAUAUUUGGCAAUGCCAACUCUUAACUAAUAGUCGAGAUACGAAAUUCAUCAACUUACAGCACACAACUAUUAUGAGGGAAUGAUUUGUUCAUAAGUGUUAAUAGUAAAUAUGUAUACAUAAAAUUGUGAAACAUGGUGAAACAAGUUGUACACGAAAUAAUUUCAAAGCAAACAAGAAAAUAGAUUAAGUGCCUAUGGUUAUAAUGAUCGCACCUGAACUAAUGGGCUCGGUUUCGCGAAUAAUUCGUGAGUUCGAAACUCAUGCAUACGUGUUGUAGUGUGCGUGCGGUCUGUAUUGAUGUACAUAAGCCUGGCAUUUAGUGGAUGCGAUUGCCAGAAACCACAAAUAGGCAAACAUAUUGGUUCCAUGUAGGCAUAACUACAAUGAUGUCGACAACAAUGCCCUGCAGUCCGACCCAAUCACAGACUCAAUUAAUCACCGAUGCCUCAACAAGUGCAUCUGGAGCUAACGCUGGAAUAGGGAUUGGGAACGGGGUGGCAGGCUCUAGCAGGAGCUCUCCAAAGAGUAUGAAAAGCGAACCCUUUUCCACUCUGUCUCCGGAUCAAAUAAAAAUAAUGCCAGAAGAAGUGGCAGAGAAAAACGGCCUAUCAAGUAUUGAGAAAGGCAUAUCCGCUCCAACUGGAGGCAGCGGAGGCGGAAUGGGAGGAGGUAUUUCGACUGACGCACAACCAUCGCAGUCGUCUUCCGUAGGCGCUGCCGUUGGUCCGCCGAUGCUCAGACAGAACUCUUCAACCAGCAUCAAUUCGUGCCUGGUCGCCUCUCCAAACAACACCAGUGAACACUCGAAUAGCAGUAGUGUGUCUGCUACAGUUGGACUAACGCAAAUGGUCGACGGCGACGAGCAGGCGAAGAAAAAGAAGCCCAGUGUGAAGGAUGAGGAUGUCGAAAAAGGAUCUAAUAAACCGAAAGGCUUACCUGCCGGCGCAGGGUGCGGAACAGCAUCCGCUUCCGGUUUUUCCAUAGGCGUUGCCAUUAAGGAAGAACCCGCCGACGUGCUGAGCAGCUUAGUGAAUAUGAAAAGGGAAGAAAGGGAAAAUCAAUCGCCAAACAUGUCCCCUGUUGGGUUCGGUUCAAUUGGUAAUGCGCAGGACAAUUCCGCUACUCCCGUGAAAAUAGAAAGAAAUACAACCGAUAGCAUCACGGAAAAAAAGAAUUCAUCCUUGGCUAUAAGUAAUGAUGAAAUGGGAGGCGUUAGCUGCAAUCCGUUAAGCGAUAUUAUCAGUGAAUCUUUAGGUAACCCGCCUAUCUCAAGCAUAUUAGCUCUAGGAAUGAAUGCGUCUCACGUAAGUGGAGGAGGACCAGGAACGGUAGUUGGAGCAACAAAUAAUCUUCUGGCGGGUAAUGGCAAUGGCCCCACUUCCGGUGGUGGCAAUUGCUUGGAUUUCAUGCAACAACAGAAUCACAUAUUCGUGUUUUCAACUCAACUUGCAAACAAAGGGGCCGAAUCGGUUUUAAGCGGUCAAUUCCAAACCAUUAUUGCAUAUCACUGUACCCAGCCAGCGACAAAAAACUUUCUCGAAGACUUUUUUAUGAAAAAUCCCCUGAAGAUGAACAAGUUGCAGCGGCACAGUAACUUGGGAAUGCCGUGGCUAGGCAUGGGACCGGGAGGACCGAUGGCACAAAGUGCACCCAAUUCUGUAUCAAAGAUAACACAGCAGCCGUCACAUUCAAAACCUGUAAGCCUUUUGAAAAGCCAGUUCAAUCAAAAUGACAACAGCAAACGCAGUUCUGUUAAUGUGCCCAGCAACACUUUUGUCGACCAAUCCGAUCCCUUGGCCAAUGAAAAUGAACUUAUGUGCUGGGAGAGCGGAGCCGGGGGCAGUGGUGGUGGUGGCCCUGCCCCAAAUUCGCGAAACAAUAUAGACAGUAUCAGCGCUUCCAGCGAGUCCCAGGCAAUAAAGAUAUUGGAAGCUGCUGGUGUUGACUUAGGGCAGGUCACAAAGGGAAGCGAUCAAAGUCUGUCUCACGAAAACAACAUUGUUUCGCUGCAAGGAGUUAAGGUCCCAGACGAAAACCUUACACCACAACAGCGUCAGCAUCGGGAAGAGCAGCUGGCAAAAAUAAAGAAAAUGAACCAAUUUCUCUUUCCCGAAAAUGAAAACUCAGUAGGAGCCAAUGUAAGCUCACAAAUGCCGAAAAUACCAGGAGACCUGGUUAUGGGCAUGCCGAGUGGAGGAGGAUCUAUAAUAAAUCCGCAAUUGCGACAAAUGCAUUUACCCGGAAACGUGAAACCGGAGCACUUAGCGGGGACAUCAGGACUUCCCGAGGAGGUAAUACUUCCCAGUGAUGUGAUAUCGGAUAUCGGUGCUGUAAUGGGAUGCAAUAAUAGUCAAAAAAGCGGCAUGCAAUGCGGAGCUGGGACUGUAACUGGAAAUGCUGCCGGCGCGUUAAAUGUAAAUAUGCAUUGCUCAAGCUCUGGGGCUUCAAAUAGCAGUAUGAUGGGAAACUCAACCGAUAUGCUAGCUUCGUUUGGCAACACGAACUGCAACGUUAAUGUCAUCGGAUCAGUAUCAGUAGAUAUGUCUAAAGAACUUUCGACUCAAGAUAGCCUAACGCAUCCACACCAAGGGGGACUAGCUCAAAUGGAGUGGACGAAGAUCCAACAGCAAUUUUUCGAGGACCGCCUCAAGGGUGGGAAAGCCAGACAAGCGACGGGACCUAUCGCACCGCAACAGCCGCCAUCUGGAACUGGCGGAAAUUCGUCAAAUAGCCAAGUGCGUUCUCUGCAGGGACCUCCACCGCCAUACCAUUCCACUCAGCGAUCUGCUUCAGUGCCAAUAGCUACUCAAUCGCCGAAUCCGUCGAGUCCAAACAACCUGUCCUUGCCGUCACCUCGCACAACUGGCGCAGUUAUGGGUUUGCCAACAAACUCACCCAGCAUGGAUAGUUCGGCAUCACUGUCGGGAUCGGCUCCCCCGGCAAUCACAUCAUCCUCCCAGGCAGGCACAACGGGAGUGAUUUCUGCAAGCAAAAACUGUUUUCAGGCAGACACCCCAUCGCCAUCAAAUCCAAAUCGAAAUCGAAAUAGCGGAUCAUCAGGCGUACCCACUCAUAAUUUUAAUAGUAACCCGAGUACACCGCUAUCCCAUUUAUCCCCGAAGGAAUUGGAGCCGUUCGGUCAGUCCUCUGCUGGUGAUAACAUAAAAAGUAGACGGACAAGCCCACAGGGUCAACGGUCGCCAGGAAAUGCUGUUAUAGAGGCAAAUAUAGAAUCUAGAUUUGCUAACUCCAGUCCUGGCGUUAUUUUCAAUCCACAUCCUCAUAUGCAAAGCAAUCCGAAUUCAACAUUAAAUGCCUAUAAAAUAGGCACUCCCAAUAUGCAGAUGGAGCGCCAAGCUUCGUCCCAAUGUGGAUCCGUACAAUUUUCUCGGCGUUCCGAUAAUAUUCCGCUAAAUCCCAACAGUGGCAAUCGGCCGCCACCAAACAAGAUGACACAGAACUUCGAUCCAAUCUCUUCACUGGCGCAGAUGUCCCAACAGUUAACAAGCUGUGUUUCCAGUAUGGGGAGUCCAGCCGGUACUGGUGGGGUGGCUAUGAUGGGCGGUUCGGGACCGGUAGACAUUAACAUUGAGCAUGCAAUAAUUUCGGGAUUAGAUGGACCAGGAAUUGAUGCUAUUAAUCAAAAUAACUGCCAUCCAAUGAAUGCCGUCAUGAACUCUAUGGGUCAGCGAAUGUUGAAUCCUAAAAUGUGCGUUCCAGGUGGUCCAAGUGGUCCUUCUGGCUUUAACCCCAAUUCUCCCAAUAGUGUAUUAAGAGAUAGUCCUUUGGGUCCUGGUCCAGUUCCUGGUCCUGGGCAAGCAAACUCUCCAAACUUCCAAGGCGUUGUACCACCUGGUGCUAGAAUGAUGGGUCGAAUGCCAGUCAAUUUUGGUUCAAAUUUCAAUCCCAAUAUACAAGUUAGGGCGAGUACACCAAACACAAUACAGUACAUGCCAGUGAGGCCGCAGAACGCCAGUAACAACAAUAACAAUGGAGCUAGCAAUGUGCGAAUGCCACCUAGUCUUGAGUUUUUGCAGAGGUACGCUAAUCCUCAAAUGGCUGCUGUAGGAAAUGGUUCCUCCAUAUGUCCGCCCUCUGGCGAUGUUGGUCCGGGAAUGCCCGGAAUGAUGGUAGGAUCUGGAUCAGGAGCCAUGCUAAUGAACUCUCCAGGCGAGCAGCACCACAACAAGAUCACAAACAACCCUGGGGCAGGCAGUGGAAUUAACUUUUUCCAGAACUGUAAUCAACUGGCCAUCAUGGACGAAGAGGGAGGCCAUGACGUGGCAAUGAAUAUUGGUCAACCGUCGAUGAUACGGGGCAUGCGUCCGCAUACCAUGCGACCACAUACAAUGGGUCCACGAAUGCAAGCUUCGGUCAACAGGCAGAUUCAGUUUGCACAUGCAUCGGAUGGUCUGGAUUGCGUCGGGGAUCCCACAGCAUUUUUUAAUAACACUGCCUGCAACAGCACUGGACAAGCCAUGUUUGCAGCAUCACAACAGUCUAAUCAGUCCAAGCCUCAACACCUAAAAACUAUGCCCAGCGGAAUGUGUCAAAAUCAAACGGGAAUGGGAGUAGGCCCAGCAGUGGCGCAAGGACAGAUGCUGCAGGGACAAGGUCAAGGUCAGGGCCAGGGUCAGGGUCAAUCUUUAAUAGGACCCAGCAAUAAUAACUUAAUGUCGGCUUCCGGAAGUGUUGGUCCUACUAACGGCGUCUCUGGCAUUAAUUUCGUGGGUCCCUCAUCAAAUGAUCUAAAGUAUGCGCAGCAAUAUCACAGCUUCCAGCAGCAAUUAUACGCAACCAACACCAGGAGCCAGCAACAACAGCAGAUGCACCAGCAGCAGCAGGGAAACAUGAUAACUAUGCCGCCCAACUUAUCACCAAAUCCAGCGUUCUUUGUGAAUAAAUGAACUUACACCGCUGACGCCCUCGCCAUGUAUUGUUUACUAGCAUCCAAGAUAAGACAUCCAUCUCUAAAUAAGAUUUUUACUGAGCUUAUUACGUAGAUGUUUUAGCUAAAGAAGAAAAUAAACAUUUGUCAAUGCAAAUGAGAAUUUUUAGAAACAAAAUAUUUUAUUCGCCACAUUUAGACGAGCCACAUUCAAGUUAAAUCUAGUAUCCCAUUCGUGUAGUCAUAUUUGAAUCUGUAUUUGAAUACAUAUUUGAACAUGAUAGGUCAUCGCUUGCGAAUAUGUACAAAUAAUAAUAAACAACGAAAUUUUAGUUAUUUGCAGCUAGUUUUCUGUUAUUAAUAACUAUGUACGCUGCUCUCUGUGUUAAAUGCAACUAAGAAAAUAUACAUAUGUAAAACGCUAUUAAUAUAUAUAAUAUUCUCAACUUUAUUGUAAUCCAUGUUAAGAGAACUGUAAAUUCUUCCAUUAAAAAGAUAAUGAAACACA